AAGAAAAAGAAUGGAAAGAAAGAAUUCAAGAUGGUGGAUUUAAUUUACUAUUUCAGAAUGGCGCGCGAGUGAUUAAUUGGGAUUUGAGUCCUUUUAAAAGUAAUUUCUCACGUUUGAGCAUUGAAUAUAUUGGACUGAAACCCUAACUUUUCAAUGUUUAGUAGUAAGGCUCAACUUCAGAAACGUACUCCUGAAAAUGGGACAGAUCGAGAGAACUUUUUGUCGCUUCUAGUGGAUGAAUAUUUGCAUUCUACUUCGUAUGAUGCUAAAUGCCAAGUUUUAGCGAAUUUGGCAAAUUUUGCAUACGAUCCUAUCAACUACCAGUACAUCAGAGACGUUGGUGUCCUAGACAUUUUUCUUCACGUUAUAAAAAAUGAAAGUAAUGAGCAACUGCUUCAUUUUGCCUCUGCUGGUAUCUGCAAUUUAUGCUGUGAUCCAUUGAAUGCCGAGUACAUAGUUACACAAUCUGGGCUGAAGCCGAUCAUUGCAUUACUGAAAUUAAACCACAAUGAUAUCUUAGCAGACACAAUCACUACUUUGUAUUAUCUUUACAAUAAUCAAACCAGGGCUGAAAUCACCACAACAGAGGUUAUUAAGCAAAUUCGUGAUAUUCAGAACUCAAAUGAUAAGAGAUUGGUAAACUUAGCCACUUUAUACUUGCAAGAUGUCUGUGGUACAAAAGAAGAUAUUUGAAUAAAGCCAGCUUACAAAAUGAACAAAAUGCUAUCAAAUAGAUUCCCUUACAUUGUGGUAAAUAACAAAAAUUACCAGAAAAUAUGCAAAA